AUGCCUUACUUCGAAACCGCACAAGAGUGGCUUGACCAAUCCAACCUCCUCUUGCAAGCCCGUCCGGCGACCACACGCAUCACAACCCGCUACUCCAUCAAGCCAGCGCGCACUCGCAAGUCGAAAACGGGCGACGAGAGCGCCACAGACGAUGCCGCCGCGACGACAGAAACCAAACCACCGCGGGGGAGUCUCGUGAUUAAGACCUACGACCCCGAGAGCGGCGUUGUGCUCAAAUACCGCACCACAAAGGCGGCCGAGGUGUCGCGCUUGUUCCAGUCGAGUCUGGGACGGUUAGGCCGCGGCAUGGCAGCCAUGCCGGAGCCGCCUGUGGAGGAGGCGAUGCCUGAUGCGCCGCCGGCUGGGGCGGCCGCUGAGGGAGCGUCGACGCCGACUGGUACCGCAGGUCAACAACAGACGGGAGGCGGUGGCAAGAGAAAGAAGAAGGGCAAGAAAUAG